AACCCUAGUCUCCUUUUUUUCACUGUUCUAUCUCUUUCAUUUGUCCCCUCCAAGGUGAAAAAUGUCGGAGUCACGUGAUAGACUUGUGACGGCAGUUGAUUUUGCGACCCUCUUUGCUCAGAGAAGGUCUGGAACUCUGGGAAUCGUCAGAGACGAUAUUGCGACUUUCUUCGCUCAGAGAAGGCCAGAACAGAUGGAAUCUCCGGUCACUCAAGUGGCUAACACGACGGUGGCGCGUGGACAAAGAAAAUUGAUAGGUGGAGGAAGAGGUGGUGGGUUGGGGACCCCAAGAAGCGCGCUCGGCCAUGGAAGAAGAAAUGUGUCGGCGACACGUGGACGUUCUGUGUUGCCUUCUUGGUACCCCAGGAGGCCUCUAGGUGAUAUUACUGCUAUAAUGAGAGCGAUUGAAAGGAAAAGAGCUCGCUUACGAGAAACUGAAGCCCUACAGAUGGAAAGUCCAAUGCCUCAGGAUCAAAGAGUAGUUGAUUUCCCUGAGCCACUGUCAGGUGCUCAGCUAGAGCACAAUAAUUCAGUGCUGUCCCCAAAUCCAACUUUCCAUAAGAAGCAUUGUCCACCCUCUAUUAAUCAGGCUGGUGAAGAGUUAGAGUUUCUUACACCUCAGAAGAAACUUUUGAACUCAAUUGACAAAGUUGGUGAAGUCGUAAUGGAGGAAUUGAAUAAACUGAAGAGGACCCCAAGUGCCAGGAACGCUGAAAGGGAGAAAAGAGUUCUCACAUUAAUGUCAAUGCGGUGAUUACUCUUCAUCUUCUCAGCAAAUAUAUUUCGGAGACAGCACUAGCCAGAAACCGGACAAACUAGAUUUGGGCCCUGCAGUGAAAAUGAUCAUCUUCUGGUGAUCAUUAUUAUCUCUGUAGACAUUGGUCAUCCUCUGAUGACAUCUUGUAAAAACAAAAAUUGAUGGAUGUAUAAAGCUUGAUUAAAAUUGUA